AUGUUUGUGGCUAGUAGUAGAGGCGGAUUGCGUGGGCUGAGCCGCAGCAGAAGUAUGUGUAUAUGUGUUGUAUUGGCACUAGUACUGGCACAGCUACUAACGGGACCAGACGUUUAUAAUUGGCGCUCUUGGGGCUCCCGGGGUUUUUUCUCGGGCUCCGGUAGCGCGCAGAGCGGUUCCUCGGGGUUCAGCUACAAGCACGCAGUUGCGUAUCAGGCUAAGGACCGCACAGACGGCGUCUACGCCGGGACACAGCUAGACUCGCCGACAGGGGAAGAUAACUACUUCGUCGGGAUGAGAAGCCCACACGACGUGUUUGCUGGUGUCGCGGAUGGAGUUGGUGGUUGGGCAGAGCACGGAUUUGACUCCAGCGCUAUCAGCCGCGAGUUGUGCGCUGCCAUACAGGAUUUCUCCACACUAGGCAAAAUACUGUCGCCCAAACAAUUGAUUGAUUUGGCCUACGCCAAAGUCAAGAAUGAUGGCGAAGUGCAAGUAGGCGGGACGACUGCUAUUGUUGCGCAUUUCCCACCUAAUGGGACCAUGAAAGUGGCCAAUCUGGGCGAUUCCUGGUGCGGGGUUUUUCGGGGCACCAAAUUAGUGUUUCAAACCAAAUUUCAAACUGUAGGGUUUAAUGCGCCGUAUCAGCUAGCAAUUAUUCCCCCACAAAUGCUCAAAGAAGCUGCAAAAAGAGGUGGAUCAUAUAUUCAAAACAAGCCGAGUGACGCAGAUGAAUAUCAAUUUCAGUUGCAGAAAAACGACAUAAUUCUUUUGGCUACAGAUGGUGUUACCGACAACAUUGCCACAGGCGAUAUGGAGCUGUUUCUAAGCAACAACGCUAAUGAAGUGGACCUUCAAAAAGUUUCCCAAAAAUUUGUGGACCAAGUAGUCAAGCUCAGCAAAGACACUAAUUUUCCCAGUGUUUUCGCUCAAGAAAUGUCAAGGCUCUCAGGGAAACGUUAUACUGGGGGAAAAGAGGAUGACAUUACCGUGGUCGUUGUCAAAGUUGAAUAA